CACAAAAAGGAAAGGAAAUUUUUAGUUCAGCAGACAACCCUGCAAAAUGGGACUGCCAUCACCCCGGCUAACCAAACAGCUCAUGCUUCUCUGAAGACCCGGACCCAGGCUGGCUCAGAGGACACCAGCAGAGUGCUUGGGAGGAGAGUUAAAACUAAGAAGUUUACUGCAGCUGUUUUCUGUGAAAACAUCUGAGAAUAUUCCUGCCACAUAACCCUCAGGCUAGGUUCUGGCAGCAUAAGCUACAAAACCUACAAAAAGAAAACAGAAAGCCACACCGAAAUAUUUUUCAGACAAAACCACAGCACCUUCCUCUCUCCACUUCCCAGAACCCUCUGGUCACUUACCUCCUCUGCAAAGAAAUUUCACCCUCAACUGGUCGCAGACAGCAUACAACACAAACCCACAAGGUCAAAAACAUCCCUUCCUAAAAGCAAAUUUACUUGGGAUUUCCUGAAAGUCAUAGAAAUCAGACAACGGAGAAUACGGAAUGAUAGCCGUGGAUGGUUAUUUUUAAAUACUGAAGUCAAGCUUCCCCCUGAAGAUGACAAAUAGCUCACUCUUCUGUCCGGUUUACAGCGAUCUGGAACCAUUUACAUAUUUUUUUUAUUUAGUUUUCCUCAUUGGAAUCAUUGGAAGCUGUUUUGCAACAUGGGCUUUUAUACAGAAAACCACAAAUCACAGGUGUGUGAGCAUAUACUUAAUCAAUCUGCUCACAGCUGAUUUCCUGCUCACGCUGGCACUGCCAGUAAAAAUUGUUGUUGACUUGGGCGUGGCACCCUGGAAGCUAAAGAUAUUCCACUGCCAAGUAACAGCCUGCCUCAUCUACAUCAAUAUGUACCUCUCCAUUAUCUUCUUAGCCUUUGUCAGCAUUGACCGCUGCCUUCAGUUAACACACAGCUGCAAAAUAUACCGAAUACAAGAACCUGGAUUUGCCAAGAUGAUAUCGACUGUCGUGUGGCUCAUGGUCCUUCUCAUAAUGGUGCCGAACAUGUUGAUUCCCAUCAAGGACAUCAAAGAAAAGUCAAGCGUAGGCUGCAUGGAGUUCAAAAAGGAGUUUGGAAGAAACUGGCAUCUGCUGACAAAUUUCAUCUGUGUGGCAAUAUUCUUAAAUUUCUCAGCCAUCAUUUUAAUAUCCAACUUCCUUGUGAUUCGGCAGCUCUACAGAAACAGAGACGACGCAGACUGUGCAAACGUGAAGACGGCUCUAACCAGCAUUCUCUUGGUGACAGUGAGUUACAUCAUCUGCUUUGUUCCUUACCACGCCGUCAGGAUCCCGUACACCCUCAGCCAGACAGAGGUCAUAUCCGAUUGCUCAACAAGGAUCUCCCUCUUCAAAGCCAAAGAGGCCACACUGCUCCUGGCUGUGUCCAAUUUGUGUUUCGAUCCACUACUGUACUAUCAUCUCUCAAACGCAUUUCGACUGAAGGUCGCUGAGACGUUUGCCUCACCUAAAAAGGCUAAGGCUCAGAAAGAAAACUCCAGAUGUGAAAGUGAUGUGUGAAACACGGGGUUUCGCACAUCAGCCCUGCUUUCUGGCUGAAUCACAAAGCUGGUCACAGUUUUCAAAGAUAAAAAAGAUAGUUAAUAAUAAAAGUCGCUGAUGGCUAGCAAACAUGGACUGGUUCCUGGGGGAAGCCCUGUUCUCAAUACAAGCCUGCCCUGGAUUCACACAGUUGCUGGUAUUCUUUAGCCCAAAUAUCUGCGCAGGAAAGUUACCCGAGCAUGUUGAACCAAGGUCAAUCUGGAUGACCAAAGUGAGGAGAGCCAUGGCAGAGACUCUGAGACUCAUUGCAAUGGCUGCAACUCACUUCUUGAUGAAAACAUACCAAAUAAUCUGCAUCUAAGCUGCCAGGAAACCCGUCAGCAACACAACCUUAAAGGUCUUCCGCAACCUAAAAAAUAAAGACAUCAAAAUAC